AUGCCGAGCCGCCGGAAAAAACUAGCCGGCGGCGGCGGAAGAAAACCCUCCGUGCCAUCGCCCUCGGACUCGGACGUCGACCCGCCGAGCGACGAGGACGUCUUCGAGGACGUGCGUGACGUCGACGCGUUCGAAGACGAGGAGAUCGACGAAGACGAGGCGUUUGACGACGAGGAUGAGGCGCGCUGGGGCGAGGCGUUGGGCGGAGGCGCGGAGAGCGACAAGGCGUGGGACGACGACGACGAUGGCGACGGCUAUGAGGGCGUGAAGAGGGAUGGGAAAGACGGCGAUGAUGAUGAUUUACGAGCGGUGAUGGACAGCGAGGAGGAGCAGGAGGAGGAACCGCGGACGUCGGGUCGUGACGCGGGUAAGGCUUUGAAGCGCCCGCGGGAGGAUGAGCGAGACGACGGAGAGGAGGAUUUGAGGGAUCUGUUGUCGGAAGAAGAGGAGGAGGAAGAGGACGCGCGACGAGAGCGGGCAUUGGAUGAGAUUGUGGGGAAGCGGAAGAAAUUUGAGCUCGAUCCAAGGUACAGACCGGUGGUGAAGCCGGCUGGAGAGGAGAACCUGUUCGCCAUCGCGGCGAGGUCGGAUCAACCAAAGCUGACGCUGAAGGACGUCAUGGCGUCGCUCGGGGAGGACACGCUCUCUCGGGAGACGGUGAAACGAUUGAAUAAGAUCGCGAAAGCGAAGGCGGUGGAUGCACCGCUAGCGAGACCUAUUCAGGAGCGCAUUGACCGCAGGGCGGCGUACGCGGAGACGAGCGCUGACGUGAGCAAGUAUCAAUCCGUCGUCAAGGAGAAUCGCGAGAAGCGUACGUUGAAGUUUGCGCCCGCGCGAGACGAGAUGCAGCGCAAAGACACCCUCGGGGCGCUCACCGCGGACUUUCUGCCCAAGACGGAGAUUGAGAUGGAGAUCGCAAAGGUGUUGAAGGAAACCGGCCACGCGAGCGCCAAGGAUGUCGUUCGAGGCGAAUUGCUCGAGAUGAAUCACUUGGACACCGAGGACAUCAAGUCGCGUCAAGCGAAGCUGGCAAAGAUGCGUGCGGUGCUAUUCUAUCACGAACAAAAGGCGAAGAGGUUGAAGGCGAUCAAAUCCAAGGCGUAUCAUCGCGUCAAUCGCAAGGGCGAGCUCAAAGUCAUCGGCGACGAAGACGACGAAGACGCUGACGGUCAGACCCCGGAAGAGCGCCGCGAGUACCUGCGAGCGCAAGAACGUAUGUUGCUUAGACACAAAAAUACGUCUCGGUGGGCCAAGCGAGCGAUAAAGAAGGGAAUCGCCCACCUCGCAGGGACGCGCGAGAAGCUUCAGGAACAGCUUCGCAUAGGACAACAGCUUCGAGAAAAGAUUGAAGGAACGCGAACGACGACCUCGGACGGGGAAGGGAGUACAGACGCGGAAGAUUCCGACGAUGACGAUGCUCCCGAUGAUCCUGCCGCCGAGCGAAAGCGCAGACUCAAGGCGAAGGCUGCGGCGCUGAAGGCCCUGGAGGAUGGUGGGAGUGAUUUGGCAGGCGCGAAUGAGAGCUUGUUCAAGCUUCCGUUUAUGGCCCGAGCGAUGGAGAAGAGACGGACGGAGAGUCAAGCCGAGGCACGUGAGAUGCUUGACGAGCUUGAUCGGAUGGACCGCGAGGAUGAAGACGGGUCGAGCGAUAGCGAGGAUGACUCGGACGAUGACGAGUGGGAACAGAUGACCGCUCGUGCCAAGCAAGCCGUGGCUCCGAAGAAGGCUCGAGAAGACGAGCCACCGAGCGCAACGACGAAGCCCUCGAAGACUUCUAACAAGAAUUCUAACGGUCCAGUGAUCAAGGCGAAGCCCGUUGGUGAGAUAUCCGACGCGGCGAGAAAGAUGCGCCAAAAGGCUGCAGCUCGCGUGGCGCCGCCACGUGUCGUUGAAGAGGAAGACGAGGAACCGACCGUGAUGCUCGAUGAAGAGCGACAAGUCGGGAUGAAUAAUGAAGACUUGAUGCGUCGCGCAUUCGCGAACGAUGGGAUCGAGGCCGAGUUCGAGAAGGAAAAGCUCGCAGAUGUGAACGCCGAGCUUCCCGACGCCGACACGCCGAAAAAUCUUCCAGGAUGGGGGCAGUGGGCGGGAAGCCAGAAAACACCCAAGUGGAUGAUCGAGGCGGAAAAGAAGGCCAAGGCAGAACGCGCCAAGGCACUCAAGUCUCGCCGCGAUGCCAAGUUGAAGCACGUCGUCAUCAGUGAGAAGUUCGAUAAAAAGGCGGCGCAGUUCAACGUCGAAUCGCUCCCGCACGGUUUCUCGAGCAAGGCCACGUACGAGGGCACAAUGCGCCAGCCGCUCGGUCCAGACGUCAAUACGUCGAGCAUGUUCACCAAGCUGAAUGCACCGAAGAUUUUGAAGCCGACUGGCUCCAUCAUCAAACCGCUCAAACUACCGAAGCAAAAGCAAAAGACAAACAAAUCCCGCCGUUGA